UGGCCGACUGCGGGGUACCCGAGGCCCGCGCUGCUGUGCGCGCCGCCUACGAUGCCUUCAACAGCUGGAAAGGGGUCUCGGUCAAGGUGCCUUGGCCAAUGGGCUUUCGUCCCUCCGACACUUGGUUUUCUGGUUGCAUCAGACCUUCUGACUCUGUCCAGUUACAGUCUCUCUUGUUGUUGCACUGGGCCCAUUUGGAGAUACAGAAUAGUCUCAGCUUCUCAACCCAUGAUCAUAUUAGCAAAGCCCCUUUUGACAUCUAAGGUAGCAGUCACAAGCUCAGGGAAUACGGCUGUGGAUGGCUUUGAAAGCUAAGUACUAUUCCUGGUGCUUGCCUAAGUGAUGUGUUUAGUCUUUUGAAGAUCCUACGAGGCGUGCAUAUGAAUCACGUUGUGGAUGAAGAGACAGGGGUGGGUGCUAGAACUCUAGCAGAGGAGCUGGGAUGGGAGCCACAUGUUACUGUCCACCCUUCUGCCUUUCUGGGACCCUGUUUGAGUUUUGCACGUCUACACACCCCAUAGUUAUGGGGGACAGGGCACCUUCAACUUAUUAGUCAAGUUAGGGUUUUCCCACUCUAUGGCAGUUUGAGAACAGUGCAUAUUCAGUGGAAGGGAUUCAUGGAAUUGAGACUUUUGAUCUUUCCUUGGAUGAGCCAUGUGCAGUGGCAUAUCCCUGUGGAUGCUGGGCCACAGCAAUGAGACUGCUGUGCUAUGAAAAGAUCUUGACUUUCUAUCGUGUUGCUGAGCUCAGCUUCUCAGCCUGUUACUUGUGUUAGCAGCAUUUUCACUUUAGGCUGUUGUUGACUACCAGUGGGAAAUCAUGGUAUAAUUUCAUCAUAAGCAGAGGUAUCCGUCAGCACUCUACAACUGCUGUAACAAGAUGCUGCUAACGAGGAGCUUAACAAACAGAAAUGUCCUCUCUUGGACUUAAACGUCUAACGUCUAAAAUCGAAGGAUUCCAGCAGCAGCAGUUUCUUCUGAAGACCGUGCGGGCAGGACUUAUUCCAGAUCUUUCUACGUGGUUUAUAGAUGGCUGUUUCCCUGUAUUGCUUCAGGAGAGGAGCUUACUACUCCGUAAAUGGUACGACUUAAUGAUACAAAAUAAGGACGACCUUGCCAAGAUCAUAACAGCCGAGAGUGGAAAGCCACUGAAAGAGGCCCAGGGAGAAAUUCUGUAUUCAGCCCUUUUCCUGGAGUGGUUCUCAGAGGAAGCUCGCCGUAUUUAUGGAGACAUCAUCUAUACCUCUGCCAAAGAUAAGCGAGGGCUAGUCCUCAAGCAGCCCGUUGGUGUGGCGGCCAUCAUCACACCGUGGAAUUUUCCCAGUGCGAUGAUCACCCGGAAAGUGGGGGCCGCCUUGGCAGCUGGCUGCACUGUGGUGGUGAAACCUGCUGAAGACACACCCUAUUCCGCCCUGGCCCUGGCUCAGCUUGCAAACCAGGCGGGAAUCCCUGCAGGUGUCUACAACGUCAUUCCCUGCUCUAGAAACAAGGCCAAGGAAGUGGGAGAGGUCCUGUGUACCGAUCCAUUGGUGUCCAAAAUUUCCUUUACUGGCUCAACAGCAACGGGAAAGAUCCUGCUACAUCACGCAGCAAAUUCUGUGAAGCGUGUCUCCAUGGAGUUGGGUGGCCUCGCCCCAUUCAUUGUCUUUGACAGUGCCAACGUAGACCAGGCCGUCGCGGGGGCAAUGGCGUCUAAAUUUAGGAAUGCUGGGCAGACUUGCGUUUGCUCAAACAGAUUCUUGGUACAGCGGGGUAUCCACGAUUCCUUUGUAACGAAAUUUGCGGAAGCCAUGAAGAAAAGCCUGCGUGUAGGUAACGGAUUUGAGGAAGGAACGACUCAAGGGCCGUUAAUUAAUGAGAAAGCUGUAGAAAAGGUAGAGAAGCAGGUGAAUGACGCAGUUGCCAAAGGGGCCACGGUUGUGACGGGCGGAAAGCGACACCAAAGUGGAGGAAAUUUCUUUGAGCCCACCCUGCUCAGCAAUGUCACCAGGGACAUGCUCUGCAUCACUGAGGAGACCUUUGGACCUCUGGCACCAGUCAUCAAGUUUGAUAAGGAGGAAGAGGCCGUCGCCAUCGCAAAUGCAGCUGAGGUUGGAUUGGCAGGUUACUUUUACUCUCAAGACCCGGCCCAGAUCUGGAGAGUGGCGGAGCAGCUGGAGGUCGGCAUGGUCGGUGUGAAUGAAGGGCUCAUCUCUUCAGUGGAAUGUCCUUUUGGUGGGGUGAAACAGUCCGGCCUUGGGCGCGAGGGGUCCAAGUAUGGCAUUGACGAGUACCUAGAGGUCAAGUAUGUGUGUUACGGAGGCUUGUAGGGUUCUGCACUUCUUUAAGAAAUAAAACUACCUAGAUCUGUAGGGACAUUCCAUCCAUUUUUUACAACACAUGAGUAGGUUAUCAGAGUUAAUGAAUUUUUAAAAAUCCAGCCAGGCCUCAUUUCUUAGAUGUAAAUCCUAACCCUCCCCUUAUCUAACUAAGGACCAAUAGAUGCCAUAUACCUGUGGCUGUGGGUCCCAGCCAGUCCUGAGACCCCAGCACAACCCCACUGCCUCAGGACAAGGUACAGAGUGAAUGUUCACAUACCCUCUGGCACCUCACAAAGUAUAGUCAUUGUGUGGGCGGGGGGGGGGGGUCCCCAGUCCUUAUGGGACCGUGCAACUUUGGUUCAGAACGCAGGGAAAGGGACGAGGUAAUAGGACAGCUAGGUUAGGAGGAGGUGCGCAUCCCUGCCUAGGCACCUGUCAGCGUUGAUGAUCAGCUGGCUGCCUGUUCCAGGGGGUUGUGGCAAAGGCUUUGGGUUCCUAAGACUUCUUUAUAAAACGCACAGACUUCCUGUGCUCUGUGGAAUGAGGGGGUGUUUCUCCUUGUUUCUGGGCUGCUGUUUAAAUUACUGGGAGCAGAAUUGCUUUGGGUUUGUUUUGUUUUGUCUUGCUUUCUUUGGUUUAUCCUGGUUUGGUUUGGCUUUAUGCGACAGGGUCUUGCUAAGUAGCCUAGCUGGCUUUCAAACUCACAGGUCUCCUCUAUCAGCCUCCGAAGUGCUAGGGUCCCAGGCAUGCUCUACCACAGCUGGGUAAAUGGAAGUCUCCAAUGCCCUAAACUUUAAACUUACGGCUCAUGCUUCAUUUUGUUCCUCGUAGAAAAUCAACCUAAACUGGAGGCAAAAAUCAGCAGAGUCGGGUUGGUAGGAUGGAAAACAUGGCUUUGUUUCUUCUCCAGAGCUGGGUGUUGAGUCCAUGGCCUUGUGCAUACUAGCGUGUGUUCUGCCACUGAGCUAUCGCUAGCUCUUUUUUCUUUAAUUUUAAUUUUUGAGACAGGGUCUUGAUAAGUCACACUGGUUGGCCUUGAGCUCCUUAUUGUCCUGCCUCAGCAUCCUCCAUAGCUGGGUGACAGACCAGGCCAAUGGACAGCAGGGGCUCCCAGCUGCCUCCUACUGCCUUAGGUAUGCUGUUUAGGGCUCUGUGCCCCAUGUGUAGAGAUUCAUGCUUGGCUUAAAGGACUUUGUGAGCCUGGAAGGGAAAAAAAAUGCUUCACAAAAUGGUGGAAAUGCAGCUCAACUCCAGGAACCAUUUUGAUUACAAGCAGUACCUCGCUGCCCCCUCCUUGAACUCAGGAGGUGACUUCGUGGAGGAAAGAAACCAGGUGCCUCCUUGUUCACCUGAAUAAGUCUGACCCAGGCUUUCUGUGCCAGGGUGUGGCCACUGCUAACCCUGCAGAAGAGCAAAUACAUUUUAACCACUGUGAAAAAUUAUUCCCACAAUUGCCAGUCUGCUGUGGGCGAGAGCUGAAGCCAUGAAUCUCAGGCACCUUUGUCCUAGGAAAAGCAUUUAUGCUUCGUGAUUCAAAAACAAAGCACCACACACAGGGACCUGCAAGAUAGCUUGGUGGGUAAAGGCUUUGCUGGACAAGCCUGGUGACCUGAGACCUGAGUUCUAUCCCUGGAACCUACAGAAAGACAGAGAGAACCAACGUGACAGUGUUGACCUCUGACCUCCACAAAUGCACCAGAGGCAUGCACUCCCAUAAAUUCAAAACACAUACACACACACACACAUACCCCAAACACUGAAACUCCCCGAAACUGGUGUUGAUCUCCCUUUGAAACAAUUUAAGUAAGGAAAAUCUAGGUCCUUGUAGACAUGGCUCCCAUCUACCUAGAAGCUGUUUAUCCCCAAUAGGCAACAAAGGAGUUCUCUGCUCCAUGCCCAUCUGUGCAGAGAGCCCACUGGCAUACUCUGUGGAUGUUCUGUGAGACAUCUACAGGAAUGAUAGCAGAGCUAGCUGCGGUGGUUCCUAAACACUAAGUCCCAAGUCACUGGGAACUUCAAAUAAGGACGUCAUGGUUCUUAAGGUCCCUGAGCAUAAGAAUAAAGUAGAAGUCUUCAUCCUAGGGACCCCACCCAAGUGGCAAGAGUCACAACUCAGGAUGUUCAUGGUCUGUUUAUUCUAUUCUUCUGUAUAGUUGGUUUCUACCACAUUUUCUAAUUAAAAUUUUUAAAUUUUAUGGACAUGGCAUUUUGCCUCUAUGUAUAUCUGUGCACCACAUGUGUGCUGGUUCCCUCAAGAGGCCAGAAAAGGGCAUUGCAUCACCUAGAAAUGGAGUUAUAGAUGGUUGUAGUCCACCUUGUGAGUUUGGGGAGGCAAAUCCUAGCUGGUCCUCUGAAGAAAGGCAGCCAAAUCUUAACUUCUGAGCCACCUUGCCAACUCCGACAUUUCUAAUUUCUUAAGAUUUGUGCCCAUCUUUUUUUUUCAAUUAAGAAUACAAAUGCCUUGCUGGCAUUUUGUAGAAAAUGAAUACACUCACUGAAUGUGAACUCAUUCCAAAUACACGUUAAACAGUGUCAACCAGCAGGUUCCUGGACUGUGCGGCAAGUUUGUACUUUUUGUGUGUGCAUGUUUGAUUUACUGGGUAGAUCACUGGCCCACACAUUUGUUACAAUAAAUGUAAUCAAUUUUUGUGAUUAAAAUAAUGGGGAUGGGUAUCAGAGGUAAAGUAUAUCAUUAGCAUACUGGAGAUGAUGGGAUUAGUCAUCACCAAAACGUUAACAUGAAAGAACAUCUUACUUAGAAAAAUGCUUUUGGGUUAUGGGAAGACGAGUUUGGCUUUUGAUAUUGUUUUUAAACAGGAUCUCCUGUUAGCCUUAAACUCCUGGGCUCGGAUGAUCCUUAGCUUCCCAGAUAUCUGUAACAAUAAGCAUGUUGUCACCAAAUCAGCUAAGAGUCGAUUUUUUUUUAUUAUUAUUUUUAAGGGUUUUUGAGUUUGGGCCUCAUGUAGUUCAGGCUCACCUGGGAACUCUCCUGCUCCACUUCCUGUGUUGGAGUCACGCCUGCGACCAUGCCCAGCUAAGGAGUGUUUUUCGAUGAACCUUUGUUACUGUUCCAUAAGAUAUGUAACAGGUGGGAGUUUUUGAAGAUGUCUAUACAGUUAUGUAAGAACAAGGCUUAAUGAACCACAACCUGUGAGCCAGAUCUGACCUGCCACCUGAUUUUGUAUAACUCAUGAGUUUAAAGUGUUUUCAUAUGUCCCAAUGGAUUGGGUGGGUUAGAACAGUUGUUUCCUGAAACCUGUGAGUGAGCAGCCUCAGUGCCCCAUGCCUGAGUAGCUGUGUUGUGACAGUAUGGCCUACAGAGCCUAAAGGACUUGCUACAAAGCUGCUAAAAAAGGUUUACAGCCCUUAUCUAUACCAAUCGAAAGACACUGGCUUCCCCUGCUUAUGAGGCAUUAUUUUAUUCUAUUAAACACCUUCUGUGAAAAGGGCACAUUUUCUGAGCCUUUGUUAUUAGGGCUUCUUGGCAGUAAUUAUCAACUCAAAUGAUACUAGCCUGAUACUAAUCCUGUCUCCCAGGUAGUGGGGCUCACUGAAAGUGUCAAGAGUUCAUCUGUGUUUUACAUCUGAGGGCCUUUAAGCAGGGCCCCAAAGCAAGUGCUUGGUUCUUCUUUCGGUAUCUUUGCUCUUCUGGGACUUGGGGGAGAAUAAAGAUCAGACACACAAUGUAGACAAGCCUAUUUUGUGAUGUGAUGACCUUCAAAUUGGAUCCCGUGGCUUGUCCUCUCUGAAGGCCGGAGCCCAGUGUUUUAGUUACCCCUGUGCAGCUACUUCAAAACAGAAUUUUACUUGAAUACUUAAUACUGUGACUGUUUCAUGCCAUACUUUGUGAGACAAAUCUCAUGAGUUGUUGAGAAAUAUAUAUUGCUCUAUAAACAUGUACACAUUGCUUCAUUUUUCUAGUGUGUGACAUUGUGUGAUCAACAGAGUUGAAUCUAAUAAAUGUUUAACAGGAUUUCUUA